AUGGAGAUUUUACUUGCUCUCACCAAUUACACUGACCAAAAUCAACCAGUGACUGUUUCAUUAGACCAUCAUGUGGAGUUUCCUUCCAGUAAGUACUUUGUCAAGGAAAGUGGAAGUGGAUUUGUCUGUGCUCAUGAUUAUACAAAGGCUGUUCUUUUCGAGGUUGCAAAGGAUUGCUUUACAAUUGUCGGAGUAUUUUUCUUUCGAAGGUCAGGGUCUCAACACGCCUUUAGUCUUGCAACCCUCCAUGGUAUUGCAGAUUUUGAAGCAUCUUCCUCUCCUAGAACACCGACUCCUUCGGCUGAUACGCAUAUAGUUCUCUCUGCCAAGCACCUUAUCGAUCAGGUAGAAUUUUUUUCUGAUACUUUAGUCAUUGGUACAGUAGGUGGAUCAUUGGGUAUAAUACUCUUUCGGGAGCCUAAACAACUCAAGGGCUGUUUUGUAGAGCGGAAUGUAGGACUUAAGGGACCAUAUCGCUGGGGAUUUGCUUGCAACUCAAGUUUGUGUGCUCUUGUCUCUAAAAGUAGCAUAGCUGUAUAUGCUUACCAACAAGACAAACUUGAUGCUGAACCUGAAUAUACAGCAGAGAUUCAAGUUAACGAUAUAUCAUCGGUUUUAUUACUGAAGCAACAAAAUGGAGCGUAUUUGAGUUUACUUAUCCACUAUACCACAUCUCAGGAUCUGACCUUACUUACACUUUCUCUUGCUGAUCGUAGUACUUUUACACGUGAAACCAUAUUAUUGCCCUGUCAACCGCCUAACUCACCCUAUUUCUUGGCGUCAGAGCCACAAUCAUUUGUUAGAGGAACACAAAAUGCACAUAUCGUGGCUAUCUUGCUUCCAGGAUGUAUUCAUUUUGGCACGAUACGUGAGGCUAAAUUCGAAACAUAUACUGCAGCACCAAAUGAGCUGAAUGUACCAUUUGAGUUUGGUCAUUGGAACACAAGACGUUCGUAUUCUUCCAAUAUCAGUAGCUCAGAUGAUGAUUCCAGCUCUUGCUUUGCUGCAGUGCGUAGAAACUGCAUCUGCAUAAUAUACAAUGUGAAAGAAAGGGGAGACAUGAUUGAAGAAAUAUGUCUCACUCAUCGGAUAAUUUUACCAUUCUCGGGGUUUUGCUUCUCUCCUUUUCAAGAAUCGAAAGGAAUUCUGAGUGUUGGGCAUUGUGAUUUAGUGUGCUCGCCUGCUGAAAGCAAUGCAUCAGUACAAGUACAGGGCUCAUUAAACGAUGUUUUUUUGCCCCUGCAAGGGGUAGGGUUUCUUGAAGAGUCUGCAUCACUUUUACUGCUAGAAGUAGUACAAACAGAGGUGGAUUACGCGUUUCUCUGCCUUCUCAAGAAUGGAGAUUGCCUUUUGGCUCUUUAUGGUGUUAAGGGAACGAAACAUGUAGCAUUUGAGGAAAAACCAUAUGAAGUGUCCAGCAUGUUGUAUUUCGUUAGAGAAGAGAAAAUAUUCUGUACCCUAGGCUUUCAUGACGGAAUGCUGAAAUUGUUUUCCGAGGGGAAGCUUCUUUCUGCUGUUCACACAUCACAUUGUGGGCCAAUAGAUAGGCUCACUACCUUGCAUAAUUUUUAUGCUAAUUAUACUGAAGCCAUGUUUAUUAGUAUAUCAUCAUGCAUGGGAACCGUCUGUCUUCAUUCCGCUGAUGUAGGGGAAGUAUCACAAACAUUUGUAUCCCCAUCUCGCCCACUUACUUCCUGUUACUUGGACCAGAGCUCUGAAUAUCUCUUCACCUUUUCACGACCGAUGGGAAAUUUAUGGCAUCUACCAAGUUGUAGUUUGGAACGCACAUUUAUAGUUACUGAAGAAUUCGAUUUCCAAGCAAACCUGACCGAUUUAUUGGCCAAACCAUGGACAUCCUCUAUGCGAAUUACGACACUUAAUUUUCUUGGAAGAAGACAUUUUAGCGUUUACAUCAAUAUCGAGAAACUCAUUGAGAGCAUGCAGAAAGAUGAGAAUCCGUUAUUGAGCUUACCUCCAUCUACUUCCCUGCUUUUAGAUUGUUGUGUUGGGACUGAUAAGACUUCACCGUUUCUGACCGAUGCAAAACUUUAUGAUGUCUUGGAAGAUACUUCGCUGAAAGUAUCAGGUUCGUGCGAUAUCUGUGUGAACCUUGGCUCGAUGCGUUUAGUGCAUGCACUGUUUGAUUCAAGUAAAGAAGCACAGAUUGCCUCUGGAAUAUUAGAGAUGAGCAUGCGUUUGUGCAAGAACUUUUUCUCUAAAUGUAGAGGCGAAUCCGGUUCAUCACUAGAUUAUCUUUUGUGCGACUAUUUUUUUGCCUUCUUCACCGAUCUCCAGUUCAUUUCAGCGACUGCGCGGUAUGGCUUUGAGAUUUUUGUGCGUGAUUUGACACCCGAGUCCGUUUUGGAAUUAUCACAAAAUCUUCUGAGCGAUAGAAUGCUUACGUACCAGGGCUCACACAAGGUGGAAACAUCUAAAAUACCUUUCUCUGAAAACAAAAUGUACGCUCUUGUUGGUGCCCUUCUCGUAGAAAGCGGAGUACAUCUAGAACCAAAAUCAGCGUGCGAGAUUCACCAGCUUCUGUUGACACCAGUAAUAGAGUCUGUUAGGCGAUGGUUUGCUUCUCCAGAAACCGAACCCAUUUCCUUUGAUAGUUCUAUGGCUCUUUUAGCCUUUUCAGAGGGAUUUCCAAUAUUUGCCGAGGUUUUGUACACACCAAACUUGGUGCAUCAAUUGAUUCAAUACGCCAUCAAAGGAACUUGUGAGAAGUCGAGGCGUGUGUGCAUACAAGCCGUGUCGCGCAUUAUCUCUCACAAUACCGCGAGGUUUGUUGAUGACUAUUGUGCCGAGCUUUCAGUGAAGCAUCCGCGCUGGAAUGCAGCAUUAAUUAAAAUUUUUGAAUUUUACACCGUAAACUUUCCUAACAAGGCCUUUUACGUAUGUGAUUACUUAUUAGACUUUAGCAUUAAGCUAAUAGGUAAGAACUCUGCAGCAGAUAAAAAGGAUAUUAUAGUCGGCGCUUUUGUCCAGUUUGCCCGGACAUUGGCAUCCCUUCUACCUAAUGUUUCUUUCCAGAAUCACUCGCAACGCAUAGCGGUUGGUACAUCGGAGGGUAUUGUAAAGGUUUAUAGCGUCAAAAAUGAGGGCGUAGCAACGUCCUUUAAGGCCCAUUCGGAGCCGAUUCUUUCCUUAGCAUUUAGUAAAAACAAAACGGAUUAUGAACUAGUGGUCGUAUCGCAAGGUAUGAAAUAUGUGAGCAUUUGGAAGACUCCACCGCAAAGCAUAUCCUUGGUAAGUCUUUUUACGAGAUCUUCAAGAAAGUUUAGGCAUUUCGCUGAUGUUGAUUUGCCAAAUGUUGAGAAUUUUGUUGCGACAGAAUUGCUAAGCGUGCGAUUCUGCCGAGUUCGAUGGGUUUCCCCAGAGUGCAUACAGUUUGUAUCUCCUUGGCACGGAAAGAUCCAAGUCGCAGUGUAA